AUGCCUCCGAAGAAGAAUGACAAGGGCGCCACCAAGAAGGUGGACGCCAAGAAAGCCGUCGAGGACAAGACCUUUGGCAUGAAGAACAAGAAGGGUGGCGCGGCCCAGAAGCAGAUCUCUCAGCUGCAGUCCCAGAUGAAGGCCGGAGGAAAUGCCGAGCAAAAGAAGAAGGAGGCAGAGAGGGCACAACGAGAGAAGGAAAAGAAGGCCGCUGAGGAGGCGAAAAGGGAAGCCGACCUGCUGCUCAACAAGCCCGCACAGAUCCAAAAGGUGCCCUUCGGUGUCGACCCCAAGACCGUCCUCUGUAUCUUCUACAAGAAGGGAAACUGUGAGAAGGGGAAAAAGUGCAAGUUCUCCCACGAUAUGGAGCUGGACCGGAAGACGGAGAAAAGGAGUCUGUACCAAGACACGCGCGCGGAGGAAGACGAGAAGAAGAAGGCUGAAACCUCGGCCGACUGGACCGAGGACCAACUGCGCUCAGUCGUCCUGUCCAAGAAGGGCAACCAGCGGACGACCACCGACAAGGUCUGCAAGUACUUCAUCCAAGCCAUAGAGGAUGGCAAAUAUGGUUGGUUCUGGGUCUGUCCCAACGGUGGUGACAAGUGCAUGUACAAGCAUGCACUACCGCCAGGCUUCAUACUCAAGACCAAGGAGCAGAGGGCCGCAGAGAAGGCACUGCUAGACAAGUCGCCGCUCAAGACUCUGACGCUCGAAGAGUUCCUCGAGUCGGAAAGACACAAGCUAGUCGGCACACUUACCCCUGUCACCCCAGAGACGUUUGCCGAAUGGAAGAAGAAGCGAAUUGACAAGAAGGCCGCGGAAGAGCAAGCUCGAAAGGCCAAGGAAGCCACUGGGAGGACCCUGUUUGAGAGCGGAAACUGGCGUAGGGACAGUGAUGACGAGGCCUCAGAUGACGAGGACGACGAUGUCUGGAACCUGCAAAAGAUGCGCGAGGAGACUGAGCGCAUACGGCAGAAGAAGGAGGACGAACGGCUGGCCAAGGAAUACGGCAUUCCCUACCUCAAUGGAGAGCCAGUAUCGGGUGAUGCCAGCACGGAAGACGCGGCCGGUGCCUCCCAACCUCCGGGAGCCCCGGAGGCCUCGAAGGACACAGGAGCCACUGCCGCCACCUGA